CAUCAUCAGGGACUUCAAAGGGAUAGUUCACCCCAAAAUUCUGCAAUCUUUUAUUGUGACCAAACAGUCCUGAGGCAGAAUCCCGAAUUCCUAAAAAAAAAAAAUUUGUGGGAGUGUUAAACGGAACAAAUACAUUUGAACAGCUUUGGCAGCUAUAGUAUAUUUUAAAUAAUUAUUUUCAUUGUGUGUUUAAAUCAAAGAAAACAAGUUUUGUACAUAAAGACUGCAUAAUGUUCUUUACAGUCUUGUCCAAAGAGUGCAUGAGGUUGUAAAACAAUGUGAAGAUUUUAAAACCAGCAGCUUUCAGAAAGAGAAGAAGAUUGAUGAGCUGACGGAGGAGAAUGUGACACUUGUUUCUCAGGUGCGAAAUGCUUUCGCUCAGCUGACGAGAGCCGAGGAGGAGUUUGCUAAUCUCACACUGGCUCAUGAAAUGUCGCUGUCUGUAUGGAAAGACAAGAGAGAGUUUUUAGAGAAAGAGUUGAGUGAUGCCUUCACACACAAGGAGGUCCUGAGUGCACACAUUCAGAUUCUUCAGGGAAAGAUCUCAGUCCUGGAGGAUAAACUUCAGAAAGCUCAAUCUCAGGAGAGCAGAGAUGUUCUGGGACCUAGUUUGGAGGCAUUGAACAAAAACGAGAGCCUUCAAACUCAAAUCCUCGAACUGACAGAGCUAAUAUCCAUAAAGGAUAACGAAAAGACACAUCUGAUAAAAGAGUGUGACUCUUUAGACCAUGAGCUGAAGCUUGUGAGGGAACAAAACAUGAAAAUAAACGAUACAAUCAGAUCCAUUUGUAAAGACAAUGAGGACACUAUUAAGAAACUUCAGCAGGAGCUUUGCUCUGCCGCUGUGACUGCAUCAAAGAAACAAGAGGAAAUGUUGGCGCUGUCAACUGAAGUAACACGUUUCAAAGAGCAGAUCUGCCUCUACAAUGAAAACAAACUGCAGAAACAACAGGAGUUUUCUGUUCUAGAGGCCGAACACAAAGUAAUGAAGAAAAACAUGACGUCUCUUAAAAAACAGUUAGCUAAAGCGACUGCUACGACUGCGAAGAAAGAAUCUGAUCUCAUCUCGCUUCCACACCAGCUUUGCCAUCAAGAAACCCUGAGCAAAACCGCUCAGGAUUUCGAGACCGUCAAGUGUGAAGAGUUUAAACACAAGGUGAGUGAACUUCAGACCAAAAUCCUGGAGAUCUCCUCACUUGCCUCCGAGAGAGAAGCUUGUGUGAGUUCUCUUCUGGAUGAGAUGAAGAGUCAAAAGAGGCUUCGAGACAAACUCAAGUUGAAGGUGGAGAAACAAAGCGAAUCCAUCCUUGCUCUUAAAAACAUCGCCAGAAAAUGGGAGCAACAGUGUAAAGAGCUUCUGGAGAAUCUGAAGAUGAUGUCGGAGAGAUUACAAAAGUACAGCGAUCACAAACACCAGCUGACAGAGGCUCGGGAGAUGAACAAGUCUCUUGAGAACUCCCUAGAAGCCAGCAGACGAGAAAUCAAAGCUCUGGCUACUGAACUGACGCUUGCUCGCAUGGAACGAGACCAGGAGAGUGCCAAGGUCAAACGCUUGGAGACGGAAUUUAACUUUUCUAAUGGGCGUCUGAGAGAGCAGUUGAUGAAUGAUGACAUUCACCUCCUCCAAGUCCCAGGGACAUGGCAGGACACCAGCGUUGAUAACUCAGAGUCCAAGUUCAAUGCUGACAGCCUUUGGGCAGCUUGUGGUGAGAACAGGACCCCGCAGGUACCUCUUUCUGAGCAAUGAAUCUUUAACAUCAGUUUAACAUCACAGUGACUGGGGUGGAGCAUGCUGGGAUACACACAACCAUUGUCUACUCUGCACCUGGCAUAUUAACAGACACCAGGAAGUGUUGAAGCGGGGGAAUCGUUUUUGAACCUACACCCUGCCCGAUAUCAGCACAACCCAGCGGCCCAAAGUUGUAAACCCGUCUCCACAAACAUCUUCAAGGAAAUAGAUGUCACAGCAACUUUAUCUAAAACAAAUGAACAUCAAGAGAAUGAACUUGAAGACACUGCUGAUGACUGGAUGCGCAUCGCUGAAUUGCAGGCGAGGAACAAAGCUUGUCUGCCUCAUCUGAAGAGCAGCUACCCGCUGGAGUCCAGGCCCAUUAUUGGACAUCCUUCUUUUACAAUAACGGAUGAUGACAUGCGGAUAGGGGACCCUCGAGAGACCGUUCAACGUGCUGCUUCACACCUGCGAGCAUCCCAACACACACGCAGCCCACGUGCUCCUAAAUGCCCGGGAUCCCGGCGGACAGUCACAUCUGAGGUGAAGGAUCUGACAAGCUGCUUCUCUCAGACCGCAACUAAACGCAGGCGUGCCAACAGUAAGAAAACACAUCUGAACUCUCAAGCUAAGCAAAGAGAAUCUGUGACUUUCACUAUUCUUAAUACUCCAAAAGCCAACGGUGGUGGCAGUUUGCUGCAUCGUGGUAAGAUCUGUAAGGACGCCUGCAAAUCUGCCACAGCCUCCAGCAGUGCCCUGCUCUGGACUGCCAGCACUGCUAACAGCAGAUCUCCUCGGGUCUCAGCAGUGAGAAAGACUUCACACAAGCAUCUCAGAUCCUAAAGACAUCCACAAGAAAUGUAUGACCUUUUCCCCAUGUUUAUUUAACGUCACAUUUAUAAAUGUGUUUAUUUUAAAUGUAUUAUUUAAUUUGAAAUAAAACAGUAUUGUUGGAAGGUCUUUCAUUGAGGUUUUAUUUUCCUUCUAAGACAAAUAAAUGCUAUAUGGUAAAUAAAAUAAUCCUGUUGUGGUGUGGAAUGUUAUUUUAAAAUAGAUUUGCGUGUUGUUUUACCUUUUUUAAAUUUGAAUGUUAUGUGUAGAGUUCCAUUCACAUUUACCAGACACCCAUCAUACUGUAAAGCAUAGAAAAUAAUUAUACAAAUACCUG